AGUGAAUCCAUCGCUGUAGAUGAAAGGGAGACCGACACUGAUCCGCUUACUCUGUCGCAAGCCAUUUGUGCAAACGAUGCUGCCAGGGUCGAACAGUUACUUCGACUCGGUGUAAGUCCCUUCGAUACUUGGUACAUUGUUUACCAUCAGGCUGAUCCUGAAGUGUAUGGGGAGGAUGAUACCACAAGCCCGCUCAUCGAAGCUACUCUUCGGGGUUUCGCAGAGGUGGUGAAAACACUUUUGCUACAUGGUGCGUCACCUUCCCAUACGGAUGUCAUCAAUAAUACGGCACUGCAUUGGGCAAUAGCUACCUGUCACUGGAACUGCCUAAUGCUCCUAUUAAACCACGGAAGUCCCUUGGAAGCAGCAAACUAUAGACUCCGAACGCCUUUGAUGCAAGCCGCUUUCUACGGUCAUGAAAGGGUCGUUCAACAUCUCAUCGAUCGCGGGGCCAAAGUGGACCGGCCGUUAAACGGUAAUAAGGAAUCGGCGCUUACAAUCUCCUGUGAAAUGGGUGAUGUUGACAUCACGAAGAUUCUCCUGAAUGUCGGAAACCGCAGUCAUGACCAAGGCAGGCAACUAUACAUAGCUCUUUCAAGGGCUGCAUUCCUAGGUCACAUUGAAGUAGUCCAACUCUUACUGGCUCAAGGGGCUGAGGUCAACCGCUGUGAGGAUGACAUUGAAGCACCCAUAUUUGCGGCUGUCAGUAGGGGCCAUUCAGGUAUUUUGAAGCUUUUAAUUGCUCAUCACGGGAACAUUGAAGAACGGAACAAGAUGGGUUACACACCACUCAUGUUGGCGACUCAAUUGGGUGCUGAAGCCAUGGUCACUGAGCUAAUAGAUGCUGGGGCUAACAUCGAUGCGGUAGCGAACAAUGGUCGUGAAACUGCUUUGCUGAUUGCUAGGACGCAUGGUCAAUGGGAUGUAGAAAAAGUGAUAUUGGCAGCCUUGGCUAGGAGUCGUCAUUCAUGA